UGAUCUAGAACUUUUUUAUGGAGAGCAACAAUUCAUUUUUUCCAUUUCAGUGACGACGCUUCCGGCUUGUCUGACUUCCUGUACUCAUCCAUGUUGGUACUCCAGUACUCCCGAGUACUGCCCCAUGAUGUCCAUGUUCAGGAUGCUCCAGGGUGGUGAUGAGAUGAUGGAAGGACCCGCGGACAGCAGACUUUAUACCCUGUUGUUUUUGCGGAGGAGGACGGGAGGGGGAGCAGACGGAUCAUCAGAUCAUCUCAGGCAAGGCUGACAAGGGAUUAGGCUGAAAACCUCCCCGGGAAGACUUCAUUGAUGCCCGAGCCACCUCGUCGGUCCCCUCUCGGUGCGGAGGAGCAGCGGUUCUGAGUUUGUCGCCCACCGUAUCUCCAAGGGACAGCCCUGGUGCCUGAUGCUUGCAGCCGCCAUCUUGACCACGGCACGGUGCCGCUCCAGCCUUCCCUCACUCAUGAAGACCCCGAGGUACUUCAUCAGCGCUUCUGACCCAGAGACGGCACCCCACCCUUUUCUGGACUGGGAUUUGAGGUGCGAUUCUCAAUACAUCGUUUUAGAAAUGAGGGCCGUUUCUUGCUGCAGUUCCUGUUUCCUGCAGUGGAAAAGGGCUUUUAGAUCUCCAGCAAGGCUUUGAAAUAAAGAAAAUAUGUUGAAUAGAAUAUUGAAAUGUGAACACAUCCAAUCCAGUAUAAACUCCUAGCAACCCUGCAAAAGGAAUAAUCUGGCAGGACUUCAAUCUAAUAUUUCCACCCGCUGUCCUAGAACAACACCACCUCCAUCCCGUUUCAGCUCCCGGUAGAAAAUCCAGUCUGAAUCAUCUCCAGCUCCUCCAGUUAGGCCAAAGUCACUCUUUGAAACAAUGAGACUUCUGUUCCUCCGCCUUUAUCAGAAAAGCAGACCUUUCUAUUCUGUGAGAAUUACGGCCGGCGCUCAAUCAAAUACGUCCGCGUCGACGCCCAACGUCGGCUUCUCUUUCAAAGCCGCGCUUCCUCUGAAACCGUAACACAGGACUCAUGCCUCCCUCUGAUGGACGACGUAUAAAACGGCCGAAGAAUUCCAUUCAAUGGAUGGCGCCGCUUGGAAGUUUCACCUCAUAAACAUAUAAACAUAAAACACAUAAACAUAAAUAAGCUACAACAUCGGCCACUAGGUGUCACUGUUGCAUUGAGGCAAUAGCCACUGCAGGAAGUACUGUCCACAACAGGAAGUUUAGAAAAGAACGCUAAUGUGUCUUAUUUUGUCUCGUCUCCUAUGUUGGCCAAUAGGAACGUAAAGUCAUGUCUCGAGGCCUCUAAUGCUAAUCUCUUUGGAAGGUUGCUACUAGCUAGCCGCGUGGCGUUGUGGCGAGGUGUCGCUACGCCAGUAACGUAGUUCUUGGCCAUAAAUGUUUUAUCGCUGUAGCUUGGUUGGUAUGCAGCUCACGUUAUGGAAAUGGAGCCUUGGGGGAGGUUUUUACAGAAGGCUUCAUGGGCAGAAUAGGUGUGUCCCAUUACUUGCAUUCCUAGCGGCCUCUUUUUAGCGUCUUUUUUAUCUUGAUAAAAGGGGAGGCUAUUUAAAUCUUGCAGUACAUGAUGUAUACUAUAUACUUCUUGGAAUACUUACAUUAUUCCCGUGGGAAGUUUCUUUGGAAACGGGAGGUUAAGCCGCGUCCCAGAAUGUGUCCUGGUUGACCUUGGAGGUUGAAGAAGUAGAAGAUGAGAUGGCAUUACCGGAGCGGCGAUGAGAAACGGCAUCUCCAGCCUUCUGAAAUGUGAGGACACGCAUGAGCUGAUGAAGACGCUUUGGUUCCGUGGAAGAAUGCGAGCGCAGGCGUGAAACCUCCAGGAAGCCGGUGUUUAUCUUUUCUUUGCAACGUUCAUGUCCGUGUCACUUUGUUUUUGGCAUGUUCUGGGAAACAUCUUGACACGUUUAGGUGGACAAGCUCCUGGAAAAUCAAGAUCAGCGCGGUGGGAGGGCAGGGGGGUUCUGACAGGGGCUGGACCCUGACCAUGACUGUCGCAGAUGUAUCCUUUAGACCUGGCCUCCCAGAGACCUGGCCUCCCGGGGACCUGGCCUCCCAGAGACCUGGCCCGUGAACCCGCAUACUGGGCCCAGCGUGUUUUGACACGCUGUCAGUCUGGUGCGAUGGAGUGGAGCCUUCCCACCUGGGAUACGUCCUGUGGAACCUGCUGAUCCCGGGAUGGAACGAAACAAACACAAGAUGGAGAAGAUUACCAUCUACGCUGAAGAUCAAUAAUUCAUGAUGGAGAAUUGAAGUGCUGGCAGUGCCUGACGCGUCCCGUUCAGCACAAUGGGGACAUCGCUGACCAGGGCAGCCCAGUGGGCCGCGUCCGACUCCGGCGGUGGCCAGCUGGAGUCCACGCCGAUGAACGACACCCUGCUGAAUGAAAUCCUUCGCUUUGUGGAGAACUUCAGCUCCCAGAAUCCGCAAGAGGCAGAGGUGGUGUUCGAGGAGCCGCUCCAGUGGCGCACCACUUUAGCAUCGUCCGAUUUCACCGCAGACUAUGACAUCAGCGAGUCCGACGUGGAGUCCCAGGAGAAGGACGACGAGGGGCGUUCGCUGCUGAGUCUCUCUUCCCCCAUUGUUUGUGUCCGCAACUUCAACCAGCUCUCUAAACUUGUACGUGUGGCAAACGAGAGGAAGCUUCAGGAAGUUCAGGCAUGUGUUGAAGAGAACAGAAAGCCUUUGGUGAAGAUUCUUGGUCCCAACUUUGCCAACCUCCAUAAGGCUGCGAAGGCCGACAAAGGGAAAGAGCAGCAGCAGGGCAAGGACGCAGACGUCAAAGUCAAGCUGCUCCGCCUUCUUCAGCACGCCGACAAGCAGAUCCUCCGCAGGCUCAUGAAAGAAAUAUCAGAAAAGGUUGAGCUCAAUCCCACUGCAGUGAAGAAAGAAGUGGAAUUUUUAAAGAACAUUUGCAGUACUGGGGAGAAUAGAUUGUUAAAGUUGGUGCGAUACACAUCAGACUAUGAAUUUCCAAACGGCUGCCGCGCCCCUCUGUGGAGGCAACUAGAAGGUGAGAUGUUUUACCUGGUGAUCGAGCCCUACGACACGGAGACGCUCUACAUCACCUGCAGCACCACAGGGGUCUUUUUCAACAUGGGCAUCAAGCCGGAGGGGGACGAGAUCGCCUACGAGCGAACCAGCGAGGUGUUCAAGGACCUGGUCUCGCUGCUGAAGAGCAAAUCUCAGGUCUUUGCUGAGAACAUCGACUCACAGGAAUUUCGAGAUCCUCCACCCCCACGCACGGCGAAGCCUCACGUGGAGUUGGUGGAUGCUCAGACACAGCUUUCACUCAAGAGGAGCGACAAGAACGAUCCUUCUCGAUGGAAGGACCCCGGUUUGGCUGGAGAAGCAGAUGAGAAGAAAAACGGCAAAGACUCUGAAAAAGAGAAGAAAGAUGGAUCCAAGAGUAAAGCUUUCUCCGAGACAUCCUUUGCCGAUCACUUGUCGUCUUUGAGAAAUAAGACCUCCAGACAGCAGGCGGACCUCUUCAGCGAGACGUCGUCCGAGAGCAACGAGAGUUAUGAAGAGGAGGAGCAGCCAGUGCGCCGUCAGCGAAACACAGACCAGCCCUCAGACUACUGGCAGAUCCAGAAGUUGGUCAAGUACCUGAGGGCGGGAGACCAAACGGCCACUUUGCUGACUCUCUACGCCCUGAUGGACUACGACCUGAAGCAGGAGACGUAUCAUCUGGCCAUGCAGGACUCGGGUGGCCUCAAAGUCCUCACCAACAUUCUACAUUUGGAGGAAGUCAACCUCCAGCUUGGAUCGCUGGGAAUUCUGAGAGAGAUCAGCCACAACGCUCAAACCCGCCGGGCCAUCGUUGACAACGGAGGACUGCGGAGCAUCGUGAACAUCCUGGACUCGCGGAAUAAAGACGUAAAGGCCUUGGCGGCCGAGACGAUCGCUAACUUGACCAGCUUCCGCAGGGCCAGGAGGACGGUCAGGAAGUACAACGGUAUCGGUAAACUUACCAAGCUGCUGGACUGCAGCGCCGACUUGACCAACGUGGAUCCCAAGCAGGAAAAGGAUGUGGAGGUGGCCCGCUUUGGCGUCUUGGCGCUCUGGAGCUGCAGCAAGAGUCCCAAAAACAAAGAGGCCAUCCGUAAGGCCGGCGCCAUCCCUCUGCUGGGACGCCUGCUCAAGUCUCCACAGAUGAACAUGCUCAUCCCCGUGGUGGGCAUCCUGCAGAACUGUGCCUCUGAGGAAAGCUGCAAGGCUGCUAUUCAGACGGAGGGCAUGAUCAAGGAUUUGGUCCAGAACCUCAGCAUUGACAACGACCAGCUACGCAUCCACUGUGCUAACGUCAUCUUCCAGUGUGCAGAGAACAAGCAAACGCGGACCGCCGUCAACGAGCACAAAGGCCUGCCCGCCCUGGUUUCACUCCUGAACAAGACGGACAACAAGCAGCUCAUGGCUGCCGCCACAGGAGCCGUGUGGAAGUGUUCCCUCAGCCCCGAGAACCUGGACGUGUUUCAAGACUACAAAGUCCUGGAGACCCUGAUUGGCCUGCUGACCAAUCAGCCUGAGCAGGUGCUGGUCAACGUGGUGGGGGCCGUGGCAGAGUUUGCCCAGAGACCCGCCAACAAGAUCAUCAUCCGCAAGUGUGGAGGCCUCAAGCCACUCGUCCGCCUGCUCAUCGGGAGGAACGAGGCACUGUUGGUGAACGUGACCCGGGUCGUGGAGGCCUGUGCCACAGAUUUGGACAACAUGGCGAUCAUUCAGGAGCUGGAUGGCAUCCGCUGGGUAUGGAGCUUGUUGAAGAACCCCAGUCCAGAUGUUCAGUCCAGUGCGGCGUGGGCUCUUUGUCCAUGUAUAGAAAAUGCAAAGGAGGCGGGGGAAAUGGUGAGCUCGCUGAUGGGCGCCAUGGAGCUCGUUAUCGAUCUACUCAAGUCAUCCGACGACUCGGUCCUGGCCAGCAUGUGCGCCGUGGUGGCCAAGAUAGCCAAAGACAAGUACAACCUGGCGGUUCUGACCGAUUAUGAGGUGGUGUCGCUGCUGGCCAAGCUGACUGACAAACCCAACGACUCGCUCCGCUGCCACCUGGCUCAGGCCGUUGCCCAGUGCUGCACGUGGCGGAACAACAGGGCGGCCUUCGGGGAGGCGGGAGUGGUGCCCCCUCUGGCGCACUACCUGAAGUCCCAAGACAUGAAAGUACGCCACAGUACGGUGUUGGCCCUGCACCAGCUGUCCAAGGAGCCAAACAACUGCAUCAUCAUGCACGGCGAAGGAGUGGUCAAGCCUCUCAUUCACUUCAUGGGCUCCGAUGAUGAGAAGGUUCGCAACGCCGCCGCCGACUGCGUGCGCAACAUUCGUGUGCUCUUUCCAGGCCAGACCAGGGCCAAGAAAUCCGCACCAAAAUCCCCCAAUCAGCACUGAAGCACGAGGCUGGCGUACAAAUAAAAUGUUUCCAUUCGC